ACAGGCAAUGUUUACGUUCCAGCUCCCAUCUCGGCCGAAUGUCCUGCGUCUUCUGCUAGCACUUCGGGAAUUCUUCUGCCGUUCUGUGAGAUUCCGUCGGCUGGGAUGGACGAUAAGCUCAUUAAAAAGACGGUGGUGCACCCAGGGAAAGGGGAUGCUGGCUAUCUGGAUGGGACGAAGGUCACUUUUCACCUGAAAACUGAAACAUAUGAAGAGACCCCAGUUGUCAUUGAUAACAGCCAUGACUGGAAAAAUCCUGUGGAACUUAUUCUGGGCAAGAAGUUUAAGCUUGAAGUCUGGGAAGCUUGCAUUCGUACCAUGUUGCCCGGGGAAGUUGCUGCUUUUACUGUAGAUAAGUCGUUAUUAACUUCCUAUCCCCUGGUGUCCAAAACCCUCCGUGAUGCCUAUUGCAAAGGCACACCACAGAAGAAAGAGAAGAAGCCCCACCACUGCUGCGGCAUGGGCUUCAAAGAGGGCCUAGGAUUUGCGGACUUAGAUGACUUAGUGAAGACACCAAGGAAUCUCACUUUCACUAUUGAUCUCUUCAAGGUGGAAUCUCCCAAUUCAUAUCAGAAAGAGUUUUGGGCCAUGAACGAGAGUGAGCGAAUAAGCAGCAUCCCGGCCCUGAGAGAGGAGGGCAACACACAUUACAAGGAGGGUGACUACAAAGAAGCGAGUACGAAAUAUUCUGAAGCCCUCGGCAGAUUAGAGCAGCUCAUGUUAAGAGAAAAGCCAAAUGAUGAGGAAUGGAACAAACUGAAUGAAAUGAAAAAGCCGCUACUCUUAAACUAUGCGCAGUGCCAGUUGCUACAGGGAGAAUACUAUACUGUCAUUGAACACUGUACUACUGUGCUGGACAAGGACCCUGACAAUGUGAAGGCCCUCUUCCGCCGCGGCCGCGCUUACGUUGAAGUCUUCAGCCCAGAGGAGGCAAAGAGAGACCUGGAAAAGGCGGCCCGACUUGAUUCUGGUGUUGCCGCAGGAUGCAAGAAGCUUCUCGCACAAUUGGCCAAGAUGGAGAAGGAGAAGACGGCACAAGAUAAGAAUAUCUACAGUAAAAUGUUCACCUCAUCUUAGUUCAUAUACUAAGGGACAAGCAUCUGUGUUCUGCAUUUCAUGAUAAAACAAAAAUUGUAUGAUGUGUUAUAUAUGGUGAUAUGUGUCUUUGCAACAAAUUGUAGUUAUUUGUUUGAUCGGAAAGAGGAAGAAUUGGCUGCGGUUGACAUGCUGCUAAUUUUCCUCCAUUUAUUUAAAGUUUAUUUGUGUAUAUAACUAUGCACCUGAAAAUUGUGUCUUUAGCAAGAAGAUGCUUUUAACCAUCUUUCUGCUACAAGUAUAUACUGCAUUCAAAAAGCAUAUUUGGUGAAUGUUUAUGAUAUUGAUAUAGCAUUAGGUCACAUUUGUGCUCACGAAGCAUAGAAAAAUAAAUGCAAACCACACCCAUACCGAUUUUAGAAAGAGGUUCUACUUUUAGGCCUUUUGGUCAUGUCGUAUAUCCUUUUGUCUUCAGAAAAUGAACUUUAGGUAAUGUGUUUGAGAGUGCGUGUGCGUGUGGGCACAUCUAUGCAUGCAUGUGUGCUUGUGUACUUGUGUGCACAGGUGCAUGAGUCAUUGAGUAAUGCACAUGUAAAUCCUGAUAUUCAGUGUCUUUAAGUAGUUUUCUAAGAAGCUUGUCCCACACUUCCCUUCCACACAUCAGGUCUUGACCGUCAGUCAUUUAUUGUGAUGUAUGAAUAACAUAGUCAUAAGAUAUACUUACAAAGAUCAAUAUACUAGUGUUUAGGAAUAUGUUAUUAUUCAUAUGAUAGAAUUCAUUUUAAAAGUCUUCUAAUAAAUUAAUUAAUGGCAUAAUUGUUUUAGCCAAUAUGAAUGGUGUUAUUAUAUUUUAUGUGCCAAUAUUUUACUAUAUAUAGUCAUUGUUAAUGAACAAAACUUCAUUUAUUGGUAUAUUUUGCUGAGUAUGUCAUAGCAUUGCUUUAUAUUAUACAUACUUAGUGUUUAAUACAUUUCCAUGUAUACAUUGUGAGUGUAAUGAAUAUUUGAAAGCAUAAUUUUGUACCUGAAAAUACUGUAAAGUAAUAAAAAUAUUGAAAAGAUUUGUAUAUGUAUUUAUAUGUAUAUUCUAUAUCUAUUUUAUGUCAAAAAUAUAUUCAGUACAUGUACUUGAUGAACCAAAAUCCCUUUGAAAAGAUAAAGAUUUUAUCAUAA